CUCUUGAAAAUGACCAGUUUAUUCAUAAUAAUCAUUCUCUCUCCUAUCAUCUUCAUACUCUGGCUGGUCUUGUAAUACAGGCUGUUCAAAGCGCCCUUCAGGGUUUUGAGUGAACAUCAUUGUUCCUUCUUCAAGAGCAGGAUCCUCUUCCUGAAUUUGUAGAUUGAUCAUCUCUUCAUUUCUUGCACCAUGUUCUACUCCAGCUAAUCUUCCUUCAUCAAACAUUCUUGGAGUUUCUUUGAGAGCUUCUGCUUUUUUACGGCUAUCAUUGACUAUUUUCUCGCCACGUUUCUGAGAAAUCGCUAAUGAUACUUGACUUUGGCUCCUCUGACUAUCAUAGUCAUAAUCGUUCGAACUCAUGUGAGUGUACGCUCUAGCCCCUUUGAUUGAUGGUAGUCCAUCUUUUUGUUGCAUGCUACCUCUUCCUGAUUUGUGAGACAUUGGGUACCCCACUUCUGCUUUUAUGGACCCUCUCAAGUUUCCUGGGAGGAAAGUAUUACCUGUUCGAUUCUUCUCUCUAGAUAAGUUAGAUCCUCCUGCUUCAAAAGUUGUCUUUGAGCUUUUAGCAAACAUUCGUAAUUUCUUUUUCAGCCUUUCGAUUUCUUUAUCCUUCAUUGAAUUUUGAUGUGUGCUACUUCUGAGCAUAUCGCUUAACAAUUUAAGUUGAUCUUCGCGAUCCUUCAGCUCAUUCUUAGCUGUCUUCAGAGUUGUGGCUAAGUUCUGGGCACUGGUUUUAUUCUGGCUUUUCUUUCUCCCCUUCAAGCCUUUACUCUGAGCUCUCUUUGGAGGAGUCUUUUCCUCCUUGCUUUUCUUUUUCUUUUUAGAGUCUGCUGAGAUUAGGCUCUCAAGCAUCUCAAUCUUUUUAUUUUAACUGCUCUGCAUGGGUAUUGUGCUUCUGAGAAAUAUUCUGAGUUGCCUUUUGUGACUUUAUAUCAACUUCUCCUGAUGCUUAAGCUUACGGAUCUGCCGUUCUAAUUCAUCAAUUCCUGACUGAAGAUGCAACAAAUAAUGUUUAUAUCAUUCUAAACGUGUCUGAAGGAUCUUCUUGGUGAUAUUAAGCUUGGCUGGUCUACAUUUCUUGAGCACUAUGAUCUGCUCAAACUCUUUUUGGUAAGAAUAAAUCUCUUUUAAGACGUUAUCGAUCUUUUCUCUAGAUUUCCUAACCUUGCCAUAAAGUGUCUCUAUCUUCUUAGUUGUCAUUGAAUUCUUGGCUAGAAGUUCAUUAAUUUCUUCCUCAUGUGGCUGGGAUACCUCUUGGAAUAUAUUUUCGUUCUUCAUUUCUUCAUUGAUCUGUUGGAUUUCAUCGACCCUAGCCUUAAUGGUGUCAAUCUCUUGCUUCUUUUUAGAGAUUUCUAGCUCAAGUUUUUCAUCUUCAUUUGAAAGUUCAUUAUCGUUAUUUUCAGUUUCAGGAUCUUCUUGCUUAUUUUCAUUAGAAUUCGUCUUUUUCUCUCCAUUUUCUUUAUUUUCAACCUCCGGUUCGGGCUUGGAAGAUUCUUGCUCAGCUGAGUUAUUGUCUUCAUUGCUAUACUUCUUAAUAAUAUCCUGAAUAGUUUCAUGAUUUUCCAUAUAUUCUUCACGGCCAGCAGGUUUGAAAUUUUUAGGGAACUCCGGAGGCUUAAAAGAAGGGGUAAGCUCAUAACCUCCAAAAGCACCUCUUCCGAUAUUCUCCAAGAAGGCUUUGGUGUAUUCCUCAGGGCUUUCAUUUCCUUCAUUCAUAGAAGUGAUAGUUUGUUGUAACUUUUCGAGAUAUUGUUUCUUAGUUUCGACAGGAUCGCCUUCAUACUUAAGAGUCUCUAUGACUCUUUGUUGGAGGUCGAGGGUCGCAUCAAGUAUAUCGAAUUCAUCAAAUUUCUUACUAGCUUCGUUAAUAAAUUCCUGAUAUUUUACAAUGUCCUCUGGAGCUUCUUUCUCAGCAGGGUCGUUUAAUACUUCUUUUUAGCAACAUUCAUGUAGUAAUUGCAUCGAUCACUUGUAACUUCUUUAAUAUAUUCAUUGCCUUUAUUAUUGCUGCUACCUGGUACGCCCAUACUCCGUUCCAUGACGUCAAUGGCAGUACUGAUCUCGACUGCUUUAUGCUCUUCCUUUUCCCUCUCUAACAACUCUUCUUGGAUUUGUUCAUGCUCACUAAGUGUCUUAGGCUUAGGGAUUUUCUCGUAAAUUGC